UUACAGGUUUGUCAUAAGACAUUUCCAAAACUGUAAUUAUUAGUCAUUCAACUUAUUUCAAACCCAUAACACAGCGCCGCCCGCUAUCGUAUAUUCUAAUAAGUACAGCAUAUCAAAAACUAUGAAAACUGGGCUAGAUAUCAAUAACACGCUAAAGACAUUUUAUACUAACCAUAGCUGUUUCUGUUCAUUUUGUUAUGUUAUACUUUUAGAAGCUGCAGUUAGUUGCUGUAUAGUAUUGAAAUGUGCUAGUAAACCUAACCCGCGCCCCCACACUAUAUUCAUACAGCCAAUUUGCCAAGGACUUCGUUUGCAGGUAUAAAGGGUUAACCACGUGGGUGGUUGUUAUUCCUUCGACUCUGACAGUCAGAGAGGUUGGUACAGAGGUGGAGCGUAAAGAGGGAAAAAAUACCCAGAGAACAGAUACUCAGUAGAGAAAGGCAGUGUCUAGAGAACUACUGUACUAACUAAAGGAUAAACAAUGGAGCGUUUCAAAGCGAAAGCAAGCGAGCAAAAAGUGACCGGUUGAAAGCCUUUGAGAGCGAUGAAGAGACGCUUCAGAUCAGAUCAGAACAUGGGAUGUUUUAUUAAGUGUCGGAGUUCUGAGCAGCAUUGAGAAAACAUAUUCAUCUUUUCAUAGAGAAGAAAGUAAAAAAAAAAAAAAACAGGAAGAAGUGUGUCCCAAAAGGAGCAGAGGAAGGUAAAGACAGCUUGUUUUGACAUUCGAAACACGCUUUAUAUUUGGGACUAGUUUUUGCUACCGCACUUUGAAUAUGUAUUUCAAGCCACAGCCAGACAACCCCAAGCUGAGGGCAGCACAUGACAGUCAAUGAACCCCACUUCUCCUGAUGCAGCGCUCAUUCAAAUGUCAGCUCCCUGAUCUCUGUUUAUUCCUACGGCUACAGAUAAAACCUAAACAAAGGGGACGUGCUGUGUGUGUCUCUGCAUACUGAUCAUUCACAAACUGAUCCCUUCAUUGCAGACUUGUCAAGGAAGAUAGUGUAUUUGCAUCAUUCCGGUCCAUCACCAACGGGACAUCAACAGGAAGGCCUAAGAGACACUUCUUAGAAACUACAUAUUGCUUGUCAGUCUACUUGGAAUUCCUGGAACCAUAGUGGAUAUUUUGAAACUUUUAGCGUGUCACCGCUGUGGUUCAUUUUUUUUUUUUUUUUACCUGUGACCGGUCUGGUAAUACAACCAAGUGUAAAUAAUCCGACCUCUCUUAAAACAAGACACUUCUUUUGGGUUCAAUCAAUAAAAAAUAAAAGCAUUCUCUUCUUCAAAAGAGUUUUCCAUAUAGAUCGCUUGGAAGGUCUGUCUGUUUGUACAGUGGUAGAUCUGCAAAGCGUUCAUCCAUACAAUAAUAAAGAACAGCCCACCUGGUUGCCUGCUUAUAACCGCCGUUGGUUUCUCAGUUACGGUAUUCGUGAACGCUAGAGCUCACACGAGCUGGUAGUACAGCAAGUGACAAAGCUUCUUUCCCUGGAAAGUUGUUGAUCCAUCAGUGCAUGCUUGUCCCCACAUGCUUCAAAGCCUCAAGGCUAUACCAGUCCGUCUCUUCCUAAACCAGCUUGAUUUCAGAUACAUAAAAUAAACCGCUGAUUUCUAAGAGCAGGACUUGGCUGUGAACCUGCCGCUGUAAGACCCCAGUCUCCUCUGCAAUGAGCCAGGUUUGCUAGCACCCAGAUGCCAUGCCUGUGCCCAUGAUGGCUGUGAGCAGUGUCAAGUCCCUGUACUGGGAAGUGUUCCCUCCAAUGCCUACCCGUCGGGUUUACUGUACUCCUGUCUACCAGGAUGGUCUGCUGUACGUGUUGGGGGGCUGCAGCGAGACAGGGCUGCCUCUGGACACAGCUGAGGUGCUGGACAUAGUCACUCAGACCUGGAGCCCCCUGCCUCCCGUCCCCACUGCCCGGGCGGGGGCUGCCGUGGUCUCCUUGGGUAAGAGGCUCCUAGUGAUCGGGGGGAUGGAUGCUGAGCAGAGACCCCUGGCUUCUGUGGAGAUCUACAACUCGGACGAGGGGAAGUGGGAGAAGAAAGCCGGUGUGGGGCAGCCGUCAAUGGGCAUCACUGCCGUGGAGAAAGAGGGGGAGGUGUAUGCGCUCGGAGGAAUGGGCUGUGACACAUCUCCCCAGGCCCUUGUUCGAGUCUACGACCCGGGCAGGGACCAGUGGCAGCCCCUUCCCUCAAUGCCCACUCCCAGGUAUGGGGCCUCCUCCUUUCUUCGGGGGAACAAGAUCUAUGUGUUGGGUGGAAGACAAGGGAAACUCCCUGUAACCGCAUUCGAAGGCUUUGACCUGGAAGUGAAAAGCUGGACCCGCUUUCCCAGCAUCCCGAGUCGGCGUGCCUUUGCCAGCUGUGUCAUGGCGGACAAGACUUUCUUCAGCCUUGGGGGGCUCCAGCAGCCGGGACCCCACAACUUCUACUCGCGCCCUCACUUCGUCAGCACCGUCGAGGUGUAUGACACAGAGCUGGGGAUUUGGAACAAGCCCACACGCACACCCCGCAUGAGAGAGAAGCGAGCAGACUUUGUGGCCGGGUUUCUGGGAGGGAGAGUCAUCGCUGUAGGAGGCCUCGGGAAUCAGCCCUCGCCCCUGGCAUCAGUGGAGAGUUAUAACCCAGUGAAGAGGAGGUGGGAGUACUUGGCCCCCAUGCCCACCCCUCGCUGCUCCUGCGCUGGCCUGCUGACUGAGCGACUGCUCUUCCUCAUCGGGGGGGUGGCGCAGGGCCCCAGCGAUGCCGUGGAGGCACUGUGUGUGCAAGAGAGCAUCUGAGACAGAGGGGGAGGUGUGAAGCAGCAGAAUAUUACCAAAAAACUAACAUCGCUCAGCAUGGAACUCAGUGUACAGCAGAGCACAGGACUGGCUUUCACCAGCAUUGCUCAGGGACUGACACCAACACAGGAGUGGCUUUCACCAGCACUGCUGAGGGACUGACACCAAGCUGAGGUGGAUCUGGGGUUUAGGUACUGAAAUGAAAAGUGCAAAAAGAUUAAACAGUGUAGUUUUUUUUUUGCUUUGUUUUGGUUUUUUUUGCAUAAAUUACAGGGUUUAACACAAGGGGCUCCUUUAGUUACACAUGGGUGUCAAAAAGACGGAAGAAAUUAACCAAACCUGGUCGAUUUGAUGGACUUGAUGGUAGAAAUAAGGAGUUGCCAGAACAAAGGGUUGUGGAAAACUGAUCUUUUUAAUGUUUAUUUAUUAAGUGACCUAUAUUUAAAGAACAUGCAGUAUGACAAUUUACGAACGAGAGGAGGCCAUUAAGUCCAUCAGUGCUCAUCCGUUUCCCACUAGUUGACUGAUCUCACAACUAGGUCUUAAACAUGACUAGGUAACCCAUUUCGUACCCUAGAGUGAAAAGUGGUUCUUUGACACAAGGAAAGCGCAGCAUUAAUUAUUCAAUAAGACCUUUUUAAUUAGAGAAAAAUCCUCCAGUCUUUCAAAACUGCCAGGCUGUAAAGAGAUGAAAAUGUAAGAGAUCAGUAUAAAAUUUUGUUAGAAAUUAAAAAUCCCCCAAAAGCAUACAGCAUAAUGUACAAGAACAAAAAAAACACAUUGAUAAAUAGGUAUAGAUGAUGAUGUGAACUGGAUGCAAUAGAAAAGAACACAAUUGCUCUUUAUAUGAAGACCUUUCAGACAGUUGGGCAUAGUUCACACACAUAGGAGUACAGUCCUAUAGCUGAACUUCCAAACCAGUGCUGCUGGUUAUGAGUUGACUUACGGCUUUUGUCUUUUGAGUUAAACAUGAGAAACGCAUAGUAACUUAAUAGACAUAUCACUAAAACCAAAUACUGGACAUUCAAAAUCGGUGGUAAAUAAACUGUGCACACUAAAUAAAAAAUCGAAAUAAAUAGUGGGAUCUAUUCAAUUGAUCUAAGUCCUUUCAAUUAUGCAAUUGGACCCUCCCUGACGUUUGACCUAUUUUUAGAGGUAUUCAGGUAUCUGAGACAAAAUGCAAAAGAAAGUAAAAACAACCCUUUUUAAAGUAAUGGUGUAUAACAGCAAUGCAUGUUUUUAAGUGCAGUGAACUAAGAGGCAAACAUUCGAAAUUCAAAAAUAAAUGACUCAGCAGGCCUUGUCAUUUAUUAGAAUUCAGAAAGUUUACCUCAUCAUACACUACACUUAAAAAACUAAUGAUCAUCCUGUAAGUGUAUGUUAAUUUACAGUUUGUUAAAAUAUGUCUUACUUUUUAAAAUGUUAUUAAUCGUAAGUAAAGUUCCACAGGUUCAAAGGCAGUCUAUGAAGCUUGCAGUUGGUGACAGCUCUGAAAAACACAACUUAUUGAAACAGUGCCACCACUACAGAGACGUGUGUACACUUUGUGUUAAAUGUGUGCCUACUAGAAUAGAAACAUUAUGUUAAGUGUACAUUUUUUUUUUAAUACAGUAUGUAUUCUGGUGUUAAAAUCCAAAACAGGGUAACUAUCACUUAUUUCAGUUAUGGAGAUUUGUUUACUAUUUUCCAUCAUACAAGAAGUAAUCAGUCAUUUAGAUGUUUACUGUGGGUUUGUCUAGACAGACAAUCUGUUGAGCCCCAAGGGGCAGGGCGUUUGGUUAUAGAAAUUUGAAAAUACUAAUUGGUCAUUGUCAUGCUGUGUUGAUAUAGUGCUAUAUAAAUUAAAUGUUUACAUUUGAAUUAAAUUCUUGUUUAUCAAGGUUGAUUUGUA